GGCUGCGCUACUUUUGGUCCGGGCUUGGCGGGGAGGCCGCGGCUGCCGCAUCAGAGCUGACGUGGGGACGACGUGGGGCCGCCGCCGGCGCGGGGUUGCUGGGCGGCGGCGCCGCUGCUAAGCGGCGGCCGGGCUGGCGGUCUCCACCUCCUCCCGUCCGUAAUCAGUGACGAGGUCCGCUACGUAAACGCCAUCGCGGCGGGAUAAAUAAAGAGGAAAGGAGCGAAGGAUUGAUUACAUAUGUUAUAAUAAUGAGCAAAUGUGGCAGGAAGAAGUAUAUUAAGACAAACCUAAGACAAAUGACCAUGGAAACAAUUGAGUCCCAUCGGGAUGGAAGUGUCAGAGGUUCUGUGCCAGAGAGCGAAUCUGCUCGUAUACAGACGCAGACUGGUCAAAACUCAAUCCCUACUUUAGCUCAGGUUUCUGUAGCGGGAUCAGGCACCGGAAGAGGCUCCCCCGCUGUAACUCUAGUGCAGUUACCCUCGGGCCAAACUGUGCAUGUCCAGGGAGUAAUUCAGACACCACAGCCAUCGGUCAUUCAGUCACCACAAAUACAAACUGUUCAGGUAGCAACAAUUGCAGAGACAGAUGAGUCUGCAGAAUCAGAAGGUGUAAUUGAUUCUCAUAAACGUAGAGAAAUCCUUUCACGAAGACCCUCUUAUAGAAAAAUACUGAAUGAAAUUUCCUCUGAUGUGCCUGGUGUCCCCAAGAUUGAAGAAGAAAAAUCAGAGGAAGAAGGAACUCCGCCUAACAUCGCUACCAUGGCAGUACCGACUAGCAUAUAUCAGACUAGCACGGGGCAAUACAUUGCUAUAGCCCAAGGUGGAACAAUCCAGAUUUCUAACCCAGGAUCUGAUGGUGUUCAGGGACUCCAGGCAUUAACAAUGACAAAUUCAGGAGCUCCUCCACCAGGUGCUACCAUUGUACAGUAUGCAGCACAAUCAGCCGAUGGCACACAGCAGUUCUUUGUCCCAGGCAGCCAGGUUGUUGUUCAAGAUGAGGAAACUGAACUUGCCCCAAGUCACAUGGCUGCCGCCACUGGUGACAUGCCAACUUACCAGAUCCGAGCUCCCACUACUGCUUUGCCACAGGGCGUGGUGAUGGCCGCCUCGCCGGGAAGUUUGCACAGCCCUCAGCAGCUCGCAGAAGAAGCAACACGCAAACGAGAGCUGAGGCUAAUGAAAAACAGGGAAGCUGCCCGGGAGUGUCGCAGGAAGAAGAAAGAAUAUGUCAAAUGUCUUGAAAAUCGUGUGGCUGUGCUUGAAAACCAAAACAAGACUCUCAUUGAGGAACUCAAGGCCCUCAAAGAUCUUUAUUGCCAUAAAGCAGAGUAACUGUCUUUGACUUGGACCUUGUUUACUAUGAACUCUAAUCAAGGCAGGAGAUGCAGCAAUUUCUACUAAUAAUUGCCAUGUGGACUUGUGGAAGGGACACUUGUGACCCUUAAGAAUCCAGUUUGGCUUAGUGUUUGAAAUUGAAUUGAGAAUGUGGUUCCAAGAUUUGGAAUGCCAACCAUGAUUGUAUUGACCAAGCUUAUUUCAAUCUGUUUUGUCAAUAGCAUGCAAAAAAAAAAAAAAAAAAAUGUCUUGUUUUGCCCUUUUGCUUCUGCUUUUUGCAGGGAAGCUGCUAAAGAAUGUCGACGUCGAAAGAAAGAAUAUGUAAAAUGUCUGGAGAGUCGAGUUGCAGUGCUGGAAGUCCAGAACAAGAAGCUUAUAGAGGAACUUGAAACCUUGAAAGACAUUUGCUCUCCCAAAACAGAUUAGUAGAAAUAUUUAACUAUGAACUGAUUUUGAAGGCAAUACAAUAUAUAGCCGGCAAGAAUUAUGGCUUUUUUUUUUCUUUCCUUUGUAUCAUUCAUCUAUUCUCUAAUCUCUAACAUUCCUAAAGUGCUUCACUGUACGUAGUUAAAUCUUAGGUAUGACUUCAAUUUUUUAAAAAGAGACAAACUGUAAAAAAAAAAUGUAUGUAACAAACUCUUAAAAUGCAAUAUUUGUAAGACUUGUUCCAAUGCCACAUAUUUGCAGUUCCCAAUCUCUGUGUCAUGAAUAGUGUCCUAGGCAAUAAAAUUUUUUGCAGGUCUUUAAAAAGAAAUAAUUUUAGGAAAGGAUGAUCAAAAAUAAUGCAUCCAGCAGGACAAUAAAAGUGAAACCCAAAACAUACCUCAGGAAAGAAUUAAAAGAAAGCGUAUAUCUAAUGAUAGACCUAGAUGAGAAUAAUAGCCUAGAAGCGAACUUAUGCAUUUGCAGAUUUUUAUAUCAGUUGCUUUAUAAAGAAAACAUUGUAUUGCUGUCCUUGAAUGCCAUAGUUGAAGAGAGUUUCUAAUAGAACCAUGUUGGUUGCACUUUGUAGUAUUUGGUGCUCAUUUAAAUAUGAACAUUUACUAUGGUUUUUUAAACCUAUUGUGUAAUAUAAGAGAUCUUGCAG